GGAGAUUGGAUCUUCUUUAAAUUGGGGUUGAGUUAAGCAGAUCGAACGUGUGCUCUAUUAGAUCACUAAAGAAGAAAACUUGAGACGAAACCAUGCUGUUGAUGUACCUCACCGUCCUGGUCCUGGCAUCUCACAUGAUGCUAGGCGAUGCUGCCGUCACCGUGUCGAAUCUCCGGGCCUCUGGCUUGUCAGGCGACGCCUUUGGAAACCGCCCUGACCCCUACGUCAAGUUGUGGUGUAACAGUGUCUACGGAGGCAGGACCGACACCAUUAAGGGCACCACCAGCCCCAACUGGGCCGGAACUUACACCUUCUCCAGCUGCAGGGCAGGACAUUCUGUGAGGCUGGAGGUGUGGGACCAGGACCUCACAAACGAUGACCUCUUGGGAAGCUGCAGCAGAACAACGUCAAGCGGGAGCCGCAGUACCAGCUGCUCCCUGAAUAAAGGCACUGUGUAUUUCAGCUACUCCGCCAACUGAGCACGUCCAUCACGCUCGUGUCCAUCAGGGUUAAAUACUGCAGAUUUCUUCAGUGAACGUUUGGUUGACAACUAAUAAAAGAAGUGAUUCAGUGCAAA